AUGCCGCCAAAGCGCAGGGGAUUCGUCGACAGCGACGACGAAGAUGAGCCGCAACCAUCGAAGCGUGCCAACCGCACCACGCCGAUCAAGGCCGCCCAGAAAAGGCCCGAUACGGCCACGCCAAGGAAGAAGGAUGUCGGCUCCGUGUUCACGGCCGACCAUUUGAUGGAUGGGCCCGAACGAGGAAAUGAAUUCGAUGACGACGAUGAGGGGCGCAUUGAUUACGCGGCUCUGGACGACGAGGAGCUGAUGAAAAUCCAGAUCCCGCCAGCUUUCGACCCUGACUGCAAUGCUGAUGCGAAGAAGGGCCGUCUCGUCAUUCAGCGAAUCGAUGUCGAGAAUUUCAAGUCGUACCGUGACAAGACGACCAUCGGACCUUUCCAUACGAAUUACACCUCCAUCAUCGGCCCAAACGGCUCCGGCAAGAGUAACGUCAUCGACGCACUCCUCUUUGUUUUCGGAUUCAAAGCCAGCAGGAUCCGCACAAAAAACGUCGGCGUGCUCAUCCACAACUCGGCCGGUCACGACAAUUUGACGUUUUGCAGCGUCGAAAUUUUCUUCACCAAGGUUAUUGAUAAGGAAAAUGGAUUCGACGAGGCCCCGAAUUCGCGCUUCUCCAUUUGCCGCACAGCAUACAAAAGCAACAAGAGCGAGUACGAGAUCACGGAGAACGGGCGCACGAUGAAGAACGUGAAGCUGUCGGUGGUAGCCGAGAAGUUGAAGUCGGUCGGCAUUGACCUGAAGCACAACCGGUUUCUGAUCCUUCAAGGUGAAGUCGAGCAGAUUGCGAUGAUGCCCCCGAAAGGUGACGACAAGAAGAAGACUGAGGGCAUGCUCGAGUAUCUUGAGGAUAUCAUCGGAACCUCGCGUUACAAGGAGCCUCUACAGCUUCUCGAAACCAAGAUCGCGGCUGUCGACGAACAGCUGACGAACCAAUCACGGAUGCUCAGCAACGCGACAAAGGAAAAAGACCUUUUGGAGGGGCCUGUCAAUGAGAUGAUGGAAAUCAUGAAGCUCGAGAACCGGAUCUCCUAUCACAAGAACCAGCUGGAGCAGAUGACGCGCCUAAAAUUGAAGAACAAAAUCACGAAGCUGAAGGAAACCGACCUAGUCGAGGCCCAGAAGAGCGAGGAUCUCGCGAAGGAAGAGCUGAAGGCCCUCAACGAGCUGAUGCAGGAGAAGAACAGCAAGACGGCGCAGCUUACAAAGGAAAACAAGAAGCUGCAAACAAAGUGCGAUCGCGUCACCGAUGAGCUUCAGCAGCAACGUCAGCGUGCCGGCAAGCGUCUGAAUGACAUCAAGAACAAGAAGGCCGAGGUCAAAAAGGCUCAAGCAGAACUCGCCACUCUCAAAAAGAAAUACGCCGAGCUGGAAUCUGCACCGGAAACUGCUCGCGAUAAGGUCCAACGCCAGCGGGAGAUCAUCGAGGAGGCAGAGAAGGACGAGGCCGAUUGUCAAAGGCGAUUGGAGGAGAAUCAGGACGACUACUUGGAGCGCACUGCCAAGGAUCGAAAAGAAAAGACGACGCUAGAAGAAGAACUCGGAGUCGCUGAGCAAAAAGUCACCGAACUGGAUGGAAAGACCGGGCGAUAUCGUGUCGAGCUGCAGGGCCUCACUGAUGGCGUCGAACGCAGCAAGCAGCAGUACGAGCAGACGAAAGCCAAGAAAGAAGAGCAAGAGGCGCUGGUCAAAAGAAAGACGGAGGAACUGGAAGAAGUGCAGCAACAGCUCCCUAACGCCGAGGCCAAGCUCACCGAGAAGCGGAAGCGCCAGCAGGAGCUGAAGGCGGAGGAGGACGUCGUCAACCGCGAGUUCAACAAGCUGCGCAAUCAGCGCUACGAGGAACAGCAGCGAUUCCAGCGGGGCGCAACGGGCAGUAAGAUGAUGCAGCGUCUGAUGGCGUUGAAGGCGAACGGCACGUUGCCUGGCGUCAUCGCUCGAUUGGGUGAUCUCGGCGGCAUCGACCAGGAGUACGACAUUGCCGUUUCCACCGCUUCCGGUGCCUGGGAUAACGUCGUCGUUGAAGAUGUGCCCACGUCGACGAAAGUCUUCCAAAUCUGCCGUGAAGAGAAACUGGGCGUCGUCCAUUGUAUCUGCUUGGACAAGAUCCAGCAUUUGACGCAACGGAUGGAGCAGCAGCGUCAGUAUCCCGAGAACAUGCCGCGACUCUUCGAUUUGAUCAAGAUCAACGACCAGCGAAUGAGGGUUGCCUUCUACCACGCCGUCCAGGAGACGCUCGUCGCCACUGAUUCGAAUCAGGCCGCCAGGACCAGCCGCUUCAAUGGCCAGCGUUACCGUGUCGUCACGAAAGACGGUGCUCUCUUCGAGACCUCUGGUGUGCUAUCCGGUGGUGGCAAGCCGAAACAGGGCGCACUCGGCAAGGACGCCAAGGUCGACUCGACCGGGGAAAGCGAGAAAACCCUGCGCACCCUCCAGAAGAACCUCGACGACAAGCAGAAGCAGCUCGACGAGUUGCGCGGCGAGCUCCAAGAAUUGGACACGGACAUCCCCGGCCUUUCCGCCCGCUACAAAGACCUCAAGUCGAAGGCGAGCACGCUGGAGAUUGACAUUUCGAAUGCUGAGCCGCUGCUGAACAACUACACCAAGAGCUUGAAAGACGCGGAGGCCCGGAUGAAGCAGAUUGAGAAUGAAGUUGACGCGACCAAGGUUGAGGAGCUCGAGCGAAAGAUGGCCAAGGCGAAGAAAGAGCACGCCGACGCUGUUGAAAUUGCUGACAAAUGCCGGGCUAAGGUCAAGGCAGUUGAUGCGCGCAUCAACGCCGUCAGGGCCGAUCUGCUUACGCGUUGGGAAGAUGAUCGUAACGAGGCGCAAAAGAAACGAACUGACGCCGAGGCGACCAUUGCCAAGGAGAAUGCCGCUCUCAACCGUGUCGACACCAACAUCAAAAAGAAUCUGACACGUCAAAAAGAGACCGAGGCCGACAUUGCGCAGCGUGAGGGCGAGAUUGAGGUCCUGGAGAAGGAGAAGGACCAAGGCGGCGACGACGAGGAGGAGCUGAACCAGCAGAAAAAAGAGUUUGAGGACCGCAUGAAAGAGAUCGCCGAGGAACUGAAGGAGUUGAACGCCAAAAACGACGAGCAGAAUCGGCGCGAGGUCGAACUCGGCACCCGAAUCAAGGAUCUCAGCGGCGAGGUGCAGGUCAUUAAGGCCGAAAUUGCGCAGGCGCAGAAGCAGAUCAAGCAGACGGAGGAGAAUCGCGCCAAGCUGCCCACCCACGACAUCACCGGCCUCGGCAUCGACCAGUCAAAGAUGGAUAUUGAUGGUGAUGACUUGGUGAAGAAACGGAAAUUCCUCAUCGAUAUUGACGACGAUGAUCGAGCCCUCCGACAGAACCUCGAUCUUGACAUCCCAAUGGAAGAGGGGGAGGAUGAAGCCGCCUAUCGGCAACGCUGUGCGGACAUUGAGCGCCAAGUGGACGACCGUCAGCUUCGGCUCCAGAAUGAAUGCGAGGACAAGCGUCGCCGGCUCGAGGAAGAGAUCAGCGCGGAUGAGAAGGCGCGCCGAGCCCAGCGUGAGCAGGAGUGCCAACAUCCUCUGAUGACCGGCCACAUGCCGGAAUACAGUGACGAAGAGGUGGCCGCAUUCAAGGAGGCGGACAUCGACUUCAAGAUCAAAGCCUACGAGCAGCAGAACAUGCAGGGGAAGGUCCAGCUGAAUCUUGGCAUCGUCGAGGACUACAAGCGAAAGUUGCAACGAUACACGGCCGAGGUGCACAAGGUGGAGCAGAUUCGCUCGGUGGUCGUCAAGUUCAAGUCGAAGUACCAGGAGCUGAACACGUGCCGGCUGACCGAGUUCACAAGGAGCUUCCAACGCAUCAAGGAGUACGUCGAGCAGAUGUACCAGAUGUUGACGAUCGGUGGCAACGCACAGCUCCAGAUCAAGGACACCAUCCGGCCGUUUGAGCACGGCAUCCAGUACCUCGUGCGCCCACCUAAAAAGACGUGGAAGAAGAUCCAGAACUUGUCGGGUGGCGAGAAAACGCUCUCAUCGCUCGCCCUCGUUUUUGCUCUCCACAAAUUCAGGCCUACCCCCCUUUACUUCAUGGACGAGAUUGACGCGGCGCUCGAUUUCCGCAACGUCUCCAUCAUUGGGCACUAUGUCAAGGAGCGCACGAAGAACGCGCAGUUCAUCAUCAUCUCGCUGCGCAACAACAUGUUCGAGCUGAGCGACCGGCUAGUCGGUAUCUACAAGGUCGACGACAAGACGCGGCACAUUGUCGUCGAGCCGAGCGGCGUCUACGAGAAGGCCAGCAUCAAGCAGAAAGUUGUACAACGGGUGGCCGGCAAGGAGUCCGCGCCGACGGUCCGCAACAAU